GAUCAAUACAUUUCCCAAGUCAAGCCCCAACCUCCCCCCAUCCAUAUAAACACCUCCAAGUUUUAUGAUAACCAUCCUUGAUAUAUACAUAUAUGAACGACUUAUAUAGAACAAUAGUUCUUCCUCCCCUCUUUCCAUAUCUCUCUCUUUCAUCAAUGGAGAAGAUACUAGCACUAAACAAUGCAAACAAUUGGCUGUUGUUAUGUCUGGAAAAUAUUUUCUUGGACAUCAGGAUUUUCUUCCAGUUACUUCUACGCCCUCUACUGGCUUUCUUCUACAACUCAUCAAAAGCAGAUGAAUUACCAUGCUCCGAUGAGAGUACUGCUGAACGACUGAUCAAACUAAGCCAAUCAGAAAUAAAGAUGGUGAUGGACAGACUGGGAUUAACUUACGACGACACGGUGGCGGCGGAGGAGAGACGAUUGGAUUUAGGUGAAGAUGAGCUGUCAAAACUGUUUGAUGAGGAGCCAAGUUUGGAGGAAUUGAAAGAAGCAUUUGAUGUGUUUGAUGAGAACAAAGAUGGUUAUAUUGAUGGUACGGACUUGAAUAGGGUUCUUCAUUGUUUGGGCCUGGAAUCAAAAGUGGGAACUUGUGGAGAUAGAGGGAUUCACUUCAAUGAGUUUGUAAGUUUGAUGCACAAGUGUUUCUGUUAAAUCCCUUUUGUACUAAAAUGCACUGUUUUAUUUUCUUUUCGGAAAAUACUCGAGACUCUCAAUUUAUCCCCAAUUCAUGUGGAGUACUAUUGAGGGUCUGUAGCGUUCCUCUUGUUUUUUUACGAGUGCCCGAAGGUUCGUCUCGACUACAUACUCUCUUGAGCACGUGCAGUCCCGUCUCUCACACGUGCUGGAUAUUAGCAGGUCCAAGGCCCACGCCUAAGAAACAUAUAUUUGCAUGUACUUUUUCUUCAAGCAAUUAAUUAUAUAUGCAUUCCUCUUGCUGCUAUCCUGACUACUUGUGAUUAAGCUCUAUUUUAUGUUGUAUAGCAAUAAAAACAUGUUUGAAGGAAA